UAAACGAACAUUCGUUUCUGUGUUGUUUUGAUUUGACACGCAAACAACAAAUUUUGAUGGAAUGGCAGAGGAAUUAAGAAAUAGGCUAAGAAAUUAUCGAAUUAAAAGGCAAAGGGAGCAAAUAUUACAAAAUUUUAAAACAAAAUUACGUGGUUUUUGGAUGUUAGGUACUGGAAAGUCGGAGUGCAAUGAGGACAGCGUAGUUAAUAUCAUUGAUGAUGAGUUUAACACAGUCAAGCAACCAAUUCCUAUAAAUGAAAACACAGAUACAAAAGAGGAAUUUGUAUCAAAUACAAACUACGAAGAUGAUUUCGACGUUGAACACGAAAAAAAUUCUGACAAACUUUUCAAAUAUAUUCUAUGGAUAUUGUUUACAUUUUUUUGGGUAACUCUUUAUAUUAUAUUCAUAAAACUACAAUUUGGGAUGGUAUAUUUAAUAUGCUCAGCUUUGGUUGGAUUAUAUCUUAAUACCAGAACUGGACCGAAAAAGCUAAAUGAAGUUAGUGCGUAUAGCGUCUUCAAUAAAAAUUGUGAAAGUAUAAGUGGAACUCUUAAAGCUGAACAGUUUGAAAAGGAAAUUCGAUUUGGAGCGGUCAGUGUAAAAUAGUUUUUUUUUUAUUAAUCUUUAUGUCAUUAAAAACAUUUAGUAAGAUAAAAUAAAAGUUUAUAUCAAGAUACAGUUAAUAUAAUCAAAG